CCCUGCUUCUGGCUUCUACGUCUCACUCUCUCUCUCUCUUCUCUCUCUGUAUCUGUUGCUCUGUCUAUCUAUCAACGUAGACGCCGGCGAGAUGGCAGUCGUGCUGGGCAACAUAGCGCUGUUACUAGACGUGAACUCGCCCCGGAGUCCAGUCCCUGAUCGCAAGAUCCGGCCGGUACCGGCCGACAUCGUAUUGAGCCUGUUCAAGAAAGAGCCGCAGCCGCAUCGCCACAUGUCGGUGGUGGCGGCCAACGGCUUCGAAUCGGAGAAGGAGAUCCGGAACCAGAGAGUCGGCGAGCGAGGGAAGGCUAAUUCGAAGGUGAAUUCGAUGGAUUUCGCGGGGCUGAGCGACGAUGACAGCAACGGCAACGGCAAUGGAUACGAGGACGAAGAGGAGGAGUUUGAUUGGGAGAAGGAAAUGAGGAGGAGAGUGAAGGAGAUUGAAGAGAUGAGGGAGUUGGAGCGGAAGGCCGAGGAGUUGCAGAGUCGAGUUGAGGACGAUGAAGGCCAGGCACCGGAAGAGACGGAAGAAGAGAAGAGGACGAGAGUUCGAAAGGAGCUCGAAAAGGUGGCGAAGGAACAAGCAGAGCGGAGAAAGAUGGCUCAGUUGAUGUUUGAAUUGGGUCAGAAGGCUUACGGGAAGGGUAUGUAUGGACGUGCUAUUGAGUUCCUGGAAGGUGCUCUAACAAUCAUUCCCAGGUCAACUCUGUUUGGGGGUGAGAUACAAAUAUGGCUUGCUAUGGCUUACGAGGCUAACAACCGCCAUGCAGAUUGCAUUGCAUUAUAUCAGCAAUUAGAGAAGAAGCAUCCCAGCGUCAGCAUCCGGCGCCAAGCUGCGGAGCUUCGCUAUAUAUUGCAAGCACCUAAGCUUAAGAUAUCCCAAGAAGAGAUGGUAACCAUACCACUGAUUGGUUCUAGUUAUGAUAGCUAUGCAGCAACCUGGAGUGACAAAUACAAGGACAAAGAUGAAAGGAGAUUCAGGUCGACAACAAGUCAACUUCCAUCAAGAAGAGAUUAUUUAGCUGACUUAUUCGUAUGGCGACCUCCGACUGGUUUGGAGAAGAACCGAGCUUUCUGGGUGGCUUUAACGGUAUGGCUGGGUUUGGUGGGAGCUGCACUCUUUCUUCAAAGAUGAAGCAUAUGGAUAUGUAAAAACGUUGAUCUGUUAGCUUGCUCCUUAAUUGCAAGGUGCAGUUAUUCUUCAGCCCAGGUUCUCAUGUAUUAUAAAUGUCAUUUUAUGCUCAUGUUCCUGUGAAAUAUAUUGCAUUAGAAACGAAAGAAAUUAUGUGAUUAUUUCUUGAAAGUGCUGUUGUUUUUUAUGUUUAAGAAAUCUAUACACCUUAAGCUUCU